UAAAAACCCUGCAUGGCAACCGGCCGGAAUAGUAGCUUUGUAGCACUGCUGGCUAACGCGAGUUUAAGUAGAGGAAAAGCGGACAAAAUUGCCAAGAAUUCAGAAUGUAAAGAAAAAACUUUGUUAAAGAACUUAAAACCAGGCAAAAUUUAACCAUAACAGCAACAACAAAAAGACGAAUAAGCUUUAAUAAGAAAAAAUUAUUGCAAAAUUAAAGAAUCCCAAUUGUUUUUGUUAUUUUUCUUCUUCUUCGUACAUAAAUUGAAUGAAUUUUUAUAUUUAAAGUGUUUGUUGUAGUUUUUUUUUUUUCAAAGUGUUUGGCUUGAACAAUUUUUUGCAGUUUGUUUUAAAACUUUUAUUUGUUGUUUUUAAAUAAAAACUAAAUAAUAAUUAGUACUUGGAAAAUGGAAAAAAUUAAUGCAAUUUAAGACAAUGAUGAGCAGGUUUUUAACAUAAAAAAGUGUGAAAAGAAAAAAAUGGAAAUUGUGUGAACUUUUUUUUGUAACUGGCUGCAAUUUUUUAUACAUUUCUGCAACAAUAGCGCAAUAGACAAUAAAUCUGCCCUUAGCAACAAACUAAAAAAGCAUUAAAUUACAUUUAAUUUUAGUUUUCUUUUUGCCAAAUACUACAACAACAACAACUUUUAAAGAGUUUAAUGUUUUUUAAACUAAGGCGAAGGGAAUGAAUAGAAAAAAAGAACAAAGAAGAAAAUAAGCAAAUUAUACGCGUGAGUGCCUGCAGUUAAAAAGUCAUAAAUAAUUAACGCCGCAAACAUACAAAACUACUCAUCAUUUUUGUUGUUUAAAUACAAUGAAAUUAUUUUCAAUUUAAUUUUCUUUUACAUAAACUUGAGUUUUACUCGGCAACAACAAACAGUAAGAAAAUUGUCAAUUGUAUUUUCUUUUUACAACAUUUUUCUUAACUACUUGUCAACCAAAUGUGAGAAUAAUCACUGGGAGAGCGAGCAUAGCUGACUGUCAAACACAAUCCAGCAGUAAUAGCAACAACUGCAGCAGAAAUAUAUCACACGCACUCAAACACUCCAGAGAUUGUGAUGAUGUACUCUGCGUCUGUGUUCCAUUCAAGACAACGGGUUUCUUUAGUAGGCUUUCUCAUUUAUGGUGCUUGACUAAACAAAAAUAGCAACAGCAAAGAGAAGAAGAAAUUAAACUUUUUUAUAAAAAAAAGCUCAUUUUAUAACUAAACAAACCACUCAAAGAAAAGUGCCGUAAUUUAAGGAUUUUAAAUUUGUUGCUUAAAUUAAGUUGUGAUAAAAUUUAAUAAAAAAAAAAUUAUUGAAAAUUUAAAGCAGCUUUUACGCUUAAACGAAAAGCCUUACUUUCAAUAUUUGUGUUAAAACCCCUUCCGUCAACACGUUACCACCAAGUCCCUCACUUGAAGCUGCUGUAGAGGCAACCACAAUCGAUCAAUGUUGUAUUCAUAACAACGAUAAUUGCUCUUCUGCUAAAUGCUGCCGUCCGGCUAAUUCCACGGCUUUUUCAUUGUCGUCAUCAACAUCAUCUUUAGCACAAGCAUUGCCACCAGCCGCCGCUUUUUCCUUAAGUACACCUGCAACGCCUGCUACUGCCACCACCGCUGCUAGCAUUUCAAACCAUAGACCGCCGGUUUCUCCGUGUACUACCGCCACUACAGUUACAACGAAUUUAUCUUCAUCAGCUCCUGCUUCGCGUAGCAGUAGUAACGUUUUGAUCGGUUUGGAUCACAUCUUCACAUCAUUCCUAAUGAAAAUGGAAGUUUUGUCAGUGCAAAAUCAUCAUAUACAAAAGCAAUUCGGUGUUAUCGGUUCAACAAAAGUUAAAAAAGACUGGACAAGUUCCCUUACACCACCCUCAUCAAGAACAACUACACCGUCAACAAAUCUAACAGCUGCAUCGACAACACCAUCAUCUACCAACACCACAACGACAGCAACAACUUUAUACAAUUCUCUCCAUAGUCCCAUAGAACAUUUCGACGUUGUUGAUGGUCUUAAGCCACAACAUAAUUCAGCUUAUUUCACACACACCAAUAACUCCAGCCACCACCAAUACCAACAGCAGCAGCAGCACAGCCAGUACAGUUUUGACAUGGAAACAGCAACUGCAGCUUCUGCAUCACCCAAAGGUGUCGUCGGCAUUGAGUCAACUGGCAGUGCUCAUUAUGCAUACAACAAUAAUCUCUUGUAUUGUGCACCCAAUACCACAACAGUAGCCACCAAUACCACAGCCGUAGCAGCAGCAGUUUCAAAUCACAUGUCGUCAUAUCAUCAUCAUCAUUCCCCACUCACCGGCAUACCCAUUGCCGCCUUGACCCCGUCGCCGGUCUCUUCGACAUUGUCCACACCCACCGAAGCCACAGAACAUUUUGGCAUUGCACACGAUGACGAUGUGGAUGCGGCUGCUGUUAAUGAACUUUCACAGCGUUUGCAGGCCGAAUUACGUGCUGCCAAAAGUCGUCAUUUAUCAUGUACUGAAGUCUCCUUGCCUUGGGAUUUAACACCACGUAUAGCGGCUGAUAUGAUUAAAACAUCCGAACGAGAACCGUGUGGUGUUCGAGGUUGUGCUAUUUUUAUUGAUUUUGAAGAUGAGACAGGCAGUGCCAGGCGCAUUGCUUCCUUUAAGGUAGAUCCAAAUACCGUUUCAACUUUUGAAUUAUUUUUAACAUUAAAACAAGACAAAGGUGGCUGGACUUCAUUAUUGCCACAAUUUCUCAAAAAUCUUACCCGCAGCAGUACAAUAUUAAUAAGUCCACAUUUUUCAUUAAAUAAACAUAAACUUUAUGCCUGUGAGUAGGAAACAACAUUUUUUUAUACAAAUAAAAGAAGAAAAUGAAAAGAAAUCAACCACAAGAACAACAACAUAAGAAAAAAAACCACCUAAAAUGUACAAAUGAUAAAGAAGAAGUAAAACUAAAAUCAGAAAUCAUUAAAAAUAAAUAAAUAUAAAUACACACACACACACAAAAACAAACACAGAUAAAGUUCAAAAGUUAAAUGAAAACUUAAACUAAACAAAGAUUGAGAGAGAAAAAUGUAAAAUAUGAUUAAAAAGAUAAGCUAGAAGAGGCGCUGUCAAUUGUGUUUAAUAAUAAUAAUAAUAUUUAUAAUAUUAUUAUGAUAAUUUAAGUAAAGUUAUUAAUAAUAACAUUAACAAAUAGUUAAUCCCUCCGAUUAAGAUGAACAAGUUUUCGUUGAUUACGAACAUGAAGAUAAUAAUGAAGUUGAAGAACCAAUGAACUCGUUUAUUAUAAAUAUUUAAUGUUUUCAAGUUUUCAUUUUGUGUGUUGUUUUUAUUUUAAUAACGUUUUUAUUAUAUUUUGUUUUUGUGUCCUUAACAAAACAUACUAAAUAAAAAAAAAUUGUAAUCUUGUAAUACUGGGAAAACUUUGGACCAUAUUUUCACUUACAAUCACUUACUAACUAACACACUGACAACUUCUUACCGCAAGAAACAAUAUUUUUUUUCAACAUACAAACUCCUCAACUCAAUUCUUUAAAGGUAAUUAUCUAGGAAAUCAUAAAAGAAAAGUAAUAAUACUUUUAGUAUUUUUUAAGAAAAACUAUCAAAUAAAUAAUUAACCUAAAAACACUACUUUCUUUAGAUAAAAUAACAAGAACACAAAACAUAUUGUGUAUUUAACUAAAAAAAAUGUUAAAGAAAACAACAAAUACACAAACUGCAGAGUUGCAGGCAACUUUAAACUUUAAUAAAAUUAUUACACCAAAUAUUUAAUUAUUAGAAAAUAGCUACCAACAAAUAAAAAACAAAUAUAUUGACUGACUUUUUGGCAAAAUCUGAAAAAAUACAAAAUUUUUGAUAAAAAACAAAAGCAAAACCAAAGCAAAUUAACAAUUUCUUUGUUUAACAAAGUCUUAUAAAAACAAUAACAAAUUAGAAAGUAAUACUUACAAUAAGAAUAAAUACAAUUUAACAAUUUAAUAAAUGUUAGCAAAAAAAUAAUAAAAUACAAACUCGACUAUACAAACAAACAACAAAUAAACAUACUCUUUUAAAAUUUUUAUUUGUUUUUUCCUUCAAAUCGAAAAAAAGCAAAGAACUAAAAGCCACCAACACAACACACACAAGAACAACACCACAAUGAACGAACAGACAAACAAACAAGCAAAUCAAGCAACUUAAAGGAAACGGAAAUAAAUAGCAACCAAGUUUUAACAAACAAAAGUUGAGAUUAUUUUAACGUUUCCUUUACAUGCUGCUUUGCUCUGCUUGGUUUACUUACUUUCUUUCUUCUGCUACUAACACUAUAUUAAAAGAAAAUAAAAACAAAACUAGAACUUUUAAAUCAAAAAAUAAUAAAAAGCAAAAAAAGAAAAAGUAAAACUCUCAUUUAGCCAGUAUUAUCAAUAUUUAUUUUUAACACUUAAGCAAAUAAUUCCCCCCCAAAAAAAGAAACUCAAUUUUAGUAUAAAAAGAAAAAAAAUCUCUUAAAAUUUCAAAACCCCAAAAUAUUAAUUAAAAAUUUAAUUAUAAUCAUAAUAAUAAAUAUGUAGUAGUUUUUAAGCAAAAAAAAAAAAGAAAAAAUUCUUAUCAUGUAUAACAAAACCCGAACAAAAUCGAAUAUAAAACUUUCAUUUGUAGCUGAGAAUCUCAUACUCAAAAACAUUAACUGAUGAUAUAAAUUGAUAUAAACAAAUAAUUCUUAGAAAUACAAACAAACAAAAACAAAGUCGAUGUGAUAUUAAACUAUAAAUAAUGUAAUAAUUAUAACUAUAAUAUUAUUAAAUUAAAUAAUAAUUACUAGUAAUUUAUAUAUAAUGAAACAAAAACACAAACAACUAAAAUGUUAUAAAAGCCACAGAAAUAAGAAUUACCACAAGGUCUUUAUGAUUUAAAUUUGUUUUAAGUAUUUUUUUUUUCAAAUUUCUUAAAAUUUUUCUUUAAACAUUUAGUAUUAAAUAUGUAUGCUUGUUUUUUUCUUUGUUUAUGUAUGUAUGUUUGUGUCUUUUUU